AUGCUAUCAAUAAUGCCUUUUGGGUUCUUAUUCUCUUUCAUUACAUUCCUGGGAUCUAUCCUUUCCCUGUCUUCAAUCCACUGACUAAGAAUUUGGGUUGGGCUAGAAAUCAACAUAAUGGGAUUUAUCCCACUUUUAAUCUACCGAGGACUAACUAUAGAGACAGAAUCCAGAAUUAAGUACUUCAUUAUACAAGCACUGGGAUCAAGAAUACUUAUGUUCGGAAGCCUUCUAUCAUUCAACCUCUCCCUGUCAUGAGAAGCCUGACAAUACCACACAAGCCCACUUGGACUAACCUUAAUUAUUCUUAGCCUGUUCCUGAAACUAGGGGCUUUCCCAUUCCACUUUUGGUUACCAGAGGUGAUAAUAAACCUCUCCUGACUUAAUUGCCUUAUUCUAACCACCUGACAAAAGCUGGCCCCAGUAUUCCUGCUAACCGCCAUGACACAGAGAUGAAACCACCAGCCCAUCAUCUCGACCCUAUUCAUCAUAGCGGGCCUCUCCAGACUUAUUGGCGGAUUAGGGGGAAUCAAUCAAACUCAAAUUCGAACGCUCCUGGCCUACUCAUCAAUUGGCCACGUCGGUUGAAUAACAUUCUGCGCAUUAACUAGGGAAAGAGCACUAAAAAUUUACUUCAUUAUUUAUACAUUAAUCUCAAUUUGUCUAUUCGCAAACCUGUGAACUUCUGAUAUUAAAUCUUUCCGGCAUAUCGGGGCUAUAAAAAAUGAAAACCCUAAGAUCAACCAGCUAACCUUAAUUUUUAUCCUCCUAUCCCUAGGGGGAAUGCCCCCUCUCCUGGGAUUCGCCGCAAAAUGGACAGCCAUCUCUUUCUCCUGCAUUAUUUCUUCACCAGCCCUGGUUUUCCCACUUCUACUAGGAAGCUUAAUAAGAUUAUUUUACUACUUAACCCUUCUCUUCAGAAUGACAUUCUCAUCUUCAAUAACGCUCAUUUCCUCUAACAACCAUCAAACUCAAAACCUCCCGGGGUCCCUAAACAUUAUAUUAACCCCAGCAAUCCUAAUCAUCAAUUUUGCUGGUGCGUUUCUGGUCCUGGGCAUAAUCUCAAUGUCAGUGGAUUUCAUUUAA